GUUCUAACCCUAGCGGCUCAUUUUGUUCUUUCAAUCGGCCGCCGGUAACAAAAAUUGCUAUCACGAUCCGUAAGUGAAAUGGAUGCCAUACUUCAUCAUCGUACAAAUAGAUCAGAAAAUUCCCAUUUGGCAUCUUUUCUCCAUGGUCAAAGCUCGUGAACCCGUCCUGACAGUUGUAAAGGGUUUUCCGACGCUCUCCGCCCCAGCCGCAAGCCACCUGUCUACCACCGCCGCCGCCCGCUGGAUUUGCUGCCAAAGGCCAGGGGCGGACCGUAGUAGAGACCCAGGGGGCUACCGCUCCCCAACAAAAUUUUUUUUUAGUGUAUAUAUAUACGAAAAAUGAUUUUUGUUCUUCCAAAAAGUAUUUUGAACCAUCCCAAAAUAUUUUCGCCCCCAAAAUGACUUUCCUGGGUCCGCCCUGCCAAAGGCUGACGUCUCAUGAUGAAUCCGUUGCCUAAACUCGAUGCCGUUUUCCGGAUUCGCUGGUGGAGGGUCGCUCACUUCUGUUAGAAAUUCUCCUGGUGCAAACCUGCGAGAGACUAAUCAAGCAAUCCAGAUGCUUCAUUUUUGUCUUAAGUGGAAAAAGAUCGUAACUGGGUUCAACUCCCGAAAGGCAACGUUGCUUCACACAGGCAUAAAGGGAUUCUUAGUGCUGUUCGUAAAAUAUUUCCGCAUGCUGGUCAUGGCUUUUGUGUUGAACACUUACGCCAAAAUAUGACAUCAAAAUUCAGAGGCUCUGCAAAAGAUUUGGGUUGGAAAUUUAAAGCUGCAUAUUCGGCUUCAACUGUGAAACAGUAUGAAUAUUACAUGUCACUCUUAGAUACUCAAGAUGCCAGAAUACACCCAUGGUCAGAAAAAGUUGGCAUUCAAAAAUGGGCUAAAUGUAUGUCUGGUUUCAACAGAUUUAAUGUGAUGACCUCGAACUGUGCUGAAUCUUUAAAUAGUGUGAAUGCUUGUGCAAGACAGUACUGUGUUUCCAAAGUCAUCAAUUUUUGCGUGAAAGAAGGCAAGAAUGGUUUCAAGUAAGGAAAGAAGUAGCUCAAUCUACAUGUACAAAGCUCUCUGAAAAAUAUGAAAAACUUCUGGUUUCCUUACAAUUUGAAUCAAGUCGUAUGAAGUUACAUAUCCUCUUAUUACACACGAGAACAAUUGUUGGCAACUUGGAGUGAUAUAAUGCACCCAAUUGGAGAUCCUGAAGAUUGUGUCAUUCCUUCUGAUGUUUCAAGUACUAUUUGCAAGCCUCCUACCUGUUUGAAGCGACCACUACGGCGUCCAAAAAGGUCCAGAAUCCAAUCAAUCGGAGAACAUGUCGGUUCCAAACGUCGGAAGUGUUCUCGCUGCAAAGUUUUUGGGCACAAUAAGAAGACUUGCCAUAAUGCUCUUCCAGUUGAUACAAAUUGACUUCCUUUACAUAGUUUUU